GUCGCGAGAUUCCAACCUGCUUUCACCUUUGUACUUGUUCUCCCUCCAGGAGACCUCGAAAUCGCAUUCGCCUACCUCUUCCAACUCACUUGAACUAAUCAUGAUCCCCCCGAAGCCAUCGCAAUCAUGAGCGCCCGCGAAGAUACCGUCCUCCGUCCCAUCGAUCCCUCCAUCACCGACGAGAAUGAAUGGCCGGAUUUCGAUCUGGUCGACGUGAAGGUCCUGCGGCCGGGGAAGAUGCUCUAUGCCAAUCUCCUGGAUGCCACAGAACGAAAUCCGGUCCAGGUGAUUGGCUGCUUGGAGCUCAGAGAGGACCAGAACCAUCUACUUAUCGACCCCGAAUCUGCUUCCAAACGUGUCAUUAUCGACGAUGUGACUCAUUACGCUUAUGGCCAGACCGAGGAUCGUAGUGUCGAACUCUGGGUGGCCGGCAAGGCUGGCUGGUACAAUAUCUCGCCUGCCAAGGGCUACGUGCCGACCUUUAGCCGCAUGGUCCAGGCGGUCGAUAUGCUGUAUUUCCUCACAGAUCGACACCACCAUGGCAACAAGCAGCUCAAUCCGUCUUUCAAGAAUCUAUGUGAGCAGUAUGUCUUUCACACACACGGCAGCUGUGAGACUCGAGAGCAAUCCGCAGAUGUCUUUGCGCAACAUGCGCCAUUCUUACUUCGCUGCAUGGUCGAGGCCGACGAGGAGGAUGACAGUGUGGACUGGAAGAAGACUAAUGUAUUCGUUCACCUCCGUCGCCAAUUUACCGAUGUCUAUAACGAGCUCACGGAAGAGCGAUCGAACAAGUCCGAGGACGAAGGAGAGCAGAAUGAGACGGGAGUAUCAACACCUCGCCAUGAUCCUGCGGCAAUCGCGAAAUCACAAAUCGAUGCUAUCUACCAAAUGAUCACGGACCUGAGGGAGGAGGGCCAUCUAGCAAAGCGCAAACUACAUCUCGAUCUAUUGACGGAAAGUCUAGCUGAUCGAUAUUCUUUCAGCCGGGAGAAUGCGGGAAAAAUUAUUGCAGCCAGAGCAGGCGCAGUUGUCGAGCGGUUAGAUGAAGAGGAUACUCCUGGCUUCCGGUGGUCGCGCUACGUGAUUCAUCGAGAGCUCGCACACGCUGCCACUCUAGACAGUACACUCUCUCCCGGACUCCUUACACCACUACAACCAAUCGAAGACUCCAGCGAUGAUGAAAACCUGGGCCACACACAAAAAUCGGUCCUUCGUCCCAAGAUGAACUCUGUUGUCUCUGGGAAGGUGAUGGGCAAACGACAUCGUAAUGCAGUCGUCAACAAGGACGUUGACAAGUCGGAUGCCAGUGAACCUGAGGAAGAAGACGAAGCUAUGGAAGACAUGGAAGACGUCGAUACCCCGAGCAAAAGUCGCGGUCAUGAGCUGAUAAGGACACCUCUUGCCACCGCAAAGUCUCGAGGUCGCUCUCUUCUCCCCAGUUCUGGGUCUGCUGCAUCCUCACUGCUGAAGAGCGUACUCUCGUCCGAACCUCCCCAGACUCCAUCUUUGCUUACCAAUGCCCACGGAGAUACCCUCACAUCCCACCCUCUCGCCGAAUUGAACAAAAUCUCAAAUAUAUGGUCAUGCCGUAUGCCCGGAUGUUCCAAGACCAUCUCGACCAAGGGCGACCAGCGCAAGGAAGAGAUCGAGGCACAUGCCACAGAACAUGACUGGGAGGCACAGAUGCGCAUCGAGAUCGUCGAAGCCGAGCGACGCAUGCAUACGACAAUGCCUGUCAGCAAUCUCAUGCAAUACCUCCUCAACCAGCACAUUGCGCAGAUGCGCUCUGCGUUUCCCGAAAAAUAUCCGGCAAAUACGGAGAAUGGGGGGUCAAACGGGGCCACGGAACAUGCAGAAACAACCCAGAAUGGAGAUCCAGAGACAUUACCCAAUGGUCAGGACUCUUGAGAAUCAGGACCAUGGCGUACAUGGUCACACUACCUGAGAUGAUGAUCUUGACUUGCCUUCAAGAUCAUGAUGCAUCGACUUCGAAACGACGUCACACGAACAUACUGCCAAAAGGCUAGCUUGAUAAGCUGAUUUUGAUGUUGGAAUCUAUUUCCAGCCCUUGUACUUUAUGCUGAAAAGAUCCCUUGGCCUCUAGGCUUCAUGAUUGAGUUUGUUCCUACCUGCAUUGUAGCGAGUAGAAUUCCAUGCAUCGCCUCCCCUCAUGUAAUCAUUGGGCAUCUGCCGAUCUUCCAUUGUGGGUAUAAAUCAUUCAAGAAGAGCGUCAGACAAAUUAGAC